GGUCCAGUCGGGUGGGGUAGUUUUUGUUUUGGUUUUCUGUAAACAUGCCGCAGUGGAAGUGAAAAUUGUUUAUUUUUGUGUGGAAUUCCUUGGUUUUCUUGUGAGAUUAAUGGCGCGAUGGCAUCAGUAAAGACUGAAAAUAUUGACAAUUUUGGAGAUGAUGAAGAGGAAGUGUAUCUCUAUCUAGAUUUCCACUCAAUUCCUUUGUCUGAAGAAGAGAUGAAAGAACCUAACCUCACUUUGAAGAUUGUGGGCAUUGAAAGUGAAAAUCCGGUGGUUAAAAUAAAUAAUAAAUUUUUCAAAGGGGAAUAUGAAGAUACAAUUGGCACUCAUGUUUUUUUCGAGGAAGAUACUGGACACUCAUCACAGGAUCCACUCUACAGUCGGAAUCCUAAGACAAUGUACAAGUACAUGAACAAGACCAAUAAGGUACUGAAAAUGAGACGUAUCUUCUUGGAGUCCAGAGACGAUGAGAAUAGAGUAGAAGAAGGUACUUCUACUGAGAAUUCAUCAAAGUAUCAAGUGACAAAAACCUAUCAAGAUACACUGUGUCAGCUUCUUAAGCCCGGUCAUGCUCCUCCACAUUAUUUGCCUGAUUGUUUGGAUGCCAAAAUAAAAUCAACUCAGGAAGUUGCUGAGGAAUAUCGUGAUAUGGAGCCAAUUGAGAGGAAACCCGUUCCCUGAUUUUUGGUAAGGAUUUGUGCGAUAGUUUAUAUUCCUUUAGGGCUAGUGCCGCUAGUGCUUAUUGAGAUUCUGCGUGAGGAAGCAUAGAUAGAGUAAAAUAGAGCAAUCGCGUAUAAUAGAGAGGAAAAGGGAUGUGAAGUGAUUACAAGAGACACUCAACUUGGCAAGACUCUUAUCAAAAUUUCAUUAAUAAUUCAAGUGAUUUGUGACAUGAUUGCACCGCCAGCGGGCAAAAGGGCGACCAGGAAAAAUCAAUAGGGGAACAGAGAGAGAGAGUUCAACGUUCCACAUCGUAAAUCAGCACCCACCCGGCGCCUCCAUCCAACUAAACUGUUCUGCGCUCGAGGAAAUUGUUGCUAACAUUAAACCCACCCAGCCUCCUGCCCCCAAUCCUCAAGCUCCAUCUCCGACAGAGCGCGCAUGACAAAGUUGUCCAAUAUCAUUGAUGCUUUUUUUCCCAAGUUCCACACAUUCAAAGCUCCCACAGAUUCGUGCUUCCUGUGUCCUCUCUCUCUCCAGUGUCUCUCCUAUCGAGAGAAUAUCUUUUAUAAGGAUUUGGAUGAGUGUUUGUGUUGGUGGUUCAAAAGGCUUGCAGAAGAUACCAAGUGAGAAUGAUACAUCUUAGUUGAAGACAAAAAAAAAGCUAUCCUACCGUCAGAGGAAAAAGCUCGUCGUGUGUGUUGAAGUAUGCGCUCUGUCGAGAGGGUGCAACGUUUGGGAAAAAUUGUAUAAUUUUCAUCUUGAGAUUUUCCCACACGAAACCACAGGAAAAUCCAUUCUGGGUGGAUGGAAACAAAGGAAGCACAUGUCUAGUGUCUAAUUCUAACUGAACUGUAGUGAAUACGAUUCUCCCGGUCGUGCCAGAGUGUCUCAGAAGAAAAAGAAGACAAUUGAGUAAUUUUGUGUGCUCUCUCCAUGUCCUCCAAAAGUUCACUUCCCUCUUGUUUGUGCUGUGUGCAGAGGAAGGUGAUCCGGGAAGGAAAAUUGAUGAAAAUUCACACACGUCUCUACAAUCACCGCGAUGUUUGCUGAUGUGCUCCUAUAAAUUAAAUUUAAUAGUUAAUUAUAUUGCGUAAUUUUAUUAUCGAGUUUUUCACUUUAAAUGAGAUUAUUCCAUUUUCUCAUUAACGGAAGUUUAUUUCGUAAAUAAGCAAAUUUGCAUAACAAUUUAGGGUAGAUGCAAAGUAGGAAUUUUAACUGUGGCCAAAUUAAGAACAAUCCCCCUAAACGGACAAGGAUUGCUCCAAACAAAAAAAUAUCCCCCAAAAGUGAGAGAAUUUGGUGAAGAAUUUUUUUUUCUGUGGAAAAUCAAUACAAAUGUAUCCAACUUUACCAGAAAUCUAGUGAGCAGAAAAUGUUCAAAUUGUUUUUUUCACAUUCUUGAGACUGAUAUUCCGGAUAUUCCCCUCCCAAAAA